GUGACACACCCCUUCCCCACUCACCCACUUAAAAAUGCUCCGACCGGCCGGCCAUUCCCAUGGCUUCUCCUCGCCCGCAACCCGGAAUCCGUCCCCUCUUCGCUCUCUUCCUCUCUCUUUUCUUUCUCGUUUUCCUCCUCCCAUGGGCGGCCGGCUCUUCUCCGCUGGAGUCAUCCCACCUUUAUCGAGUCCUGCACAUCCAAGAACGGGAGCGCUUACCGCCCGCCGUCCAGGUGGCCGCCGCCCGUGGCCUUCUCUCCCGCCUCCUCCCAUUCCACGUUUCCAGCUUCGAAUUCGAGAUCGUUUCCAAGGACUACGCGUUUCUACAUUUCUUGAAAGGUUUGUGUUGAAUCGAGGCUUUAUGGGUUUGAUUCUUGAUGUGCUAGAUCGUUGGUUCUUGGAUUUCUUUAGGAGGGUUAAAUUAUCUGGUUUCUGCUGAAUUGGUUUCCUUCUUCGUCCAUUUCCCCGAGUCUUGGGUUCCUUCCUCUCUCUCUUGUCUUUCUCCUAGGCCUCGUCGCAUGGACGAAUGGCUCUUCUCCGCUGGAGUCCUCCAAUCUAUAUAGAGUCUUGUCGACAUCCAAGAACGGAGGCCCUCGCCGCCGUCAUCCAGGUGGCCGCCGCCCCUGGCCUCCUCGCCCGCCUCCUCCUUUUUCACGUUUCCAACUUCGAGUUUGAGAUGGUUUCCAAGGUCGCCGACGUCUUUAUUGCUAAUUUCUCUUACCUUAGACAGACGAUCAAAUAAUAUGAUUCUGUAGAAUUUAUUGCCCAAACUUGUUAUAGGACUACGCGGUUCUGCAUUUCUUGAAAGGUUUCUGCUGAAUUGGGCUUUUAUGGAUUUGAUUCUUGAUGUGCUCUAGUGUGCUAGACCGUUGGUUCUUGGAUUACUUUAGGAGAGUUGAAUUACCUGAAUCUUCAAAGGAGGAAAAAAUUGACAAGUGGAAGUAUUGGCAUCAUUGUAUAGAGGAUCAUGGAAACAUGUGGUGGAGUAGCAUGCUUCAUUAUUAGCAACCAUCCAUCAUUAAGUACAAAAGGAUUCCCAGAAAUACUAAUCCAAGGGACAAGUGGUGUGGAACUUUCUGCUGGUCUCCAUUGGUACUUAAAACACUGGUGUCUGAUACACAUAUCUUGGGAGAAGACCGGUGGUCUACAGUUGUCAUCUCUACCAAAAGUGGGCUCCCUUCCGCAUGUUCCUUCGGCUGGUAUUUUGGUACAAAGACCUGUUCCGUUGAGUUACUACCAGAAUGCUGUUACAUCCAGUUAUUCAUAUGCAUGGUGGAGUUGGGAAAGAUGGGAGAAGGAAAUUGAUUGGAUGGUUCUCCAAGGGGUCAACUUACCACUUGCUUUCAAUGGGCAAGAAGCCAUUUGGCAGAAAGUUUUUGAGUCUCUACAGUGAUACAUUUGAUGAGAACACUCCACCUGUAGAUGAUCCAAAGUAUAUAUCUUCCUUGGGUUCUGCAAUAUAUAAAGGAAUGCAAAGUGGUGAUGAUGAUGCAAUAUGGCUCAUGCAGGGUUGGUUAUUUUCAUAUGACCCAUUCUGGAAACCACCUCAGAUGAAGGCUCUCUUGCAUUCAGUUCCAAUUGGGCGGAUGGUAGUUCUUGAUCUAUUCGCUGAAGUAAAACCAAUAUGGGUUAAAUCAAAACAGUUUUAUGGUGUUCCAUACAUCUGGUGCAUGCUACACAAUUUUGCUGGAAAUAUUGAGAUGUAUGGUAUUCUCGAUGCAAUUGCACUUGGACCUAUUGAAGCUCGUACAAGUGAAAAUUCAACCAUGGUUGGCGUUGGAAUGUCUAUGGAAGGCAUUGAGCAAAAUCCUGUUGUUUAUGAUCUGAUGUCUGAAAUGGCAUUUCAUCAUAAACCAGUAGAUGUCAAGAUCUGGGUUGACUUAUAUGCAACAAGGAGAUAUGGAAGGUCUGUUCCAGCACUACAAGACGCCUGGCAGAUACUAUAUCAUACUCUAUAUAAUUGCACAGAUGGUGCCUAUGACAAAAAUCGAGAUGUAAUUGUUGCAUUUCCAGAUGUUGAUCCAUCUGUCAUAUUGAUACCAGAGAUAUUUGAAGAGAGAAAGCUUGUGCAUUUUAGUUGACAAUUAUCAGAAAGAGAGCCACUGAAGGAAACAGCUAAUUCUUAUGAUCAACCACAUUUAUGGUAUUCAACUGCUGAUGUCACACGCGCAUUAGUUCUUUUCCUAGAAAAUGGGUAUGAUGUAUCAGAUAGCCAGACUUUCAGGUGAUUUGCGAUUCAUUUGUUUUAGCGUAAAGCUUGCCAUGACUAGAGCAAGGAAUUGAAACACACUCUGAUAGUUAUCUGCUUAUAUGUUAGACUUGCAUAAUGCUGGUAUCUCUCUUCCAUCCACAUCUCUGACAUAUUACUGGUAUUUAUAUGCUAGACUUGCAUAAAGCUUGCCAUGACUAGAGCAAGGAAUUCAAACACACUGUGUUAGUUAUUUGCUUAUAUGUUAGACUUGCAUAUUGCUGGUAUUCAUCUCUUCCAUCUAAAUCAGCAUAUUUGCAUCUUAAUAUUAGUUUCAAAAGCAGCUGAAAUUUGACUGAUGGUAGUGGCAAAAUCCAAGUAGAGUUCUGAUUUGACAGGUUUAAGCAAUGUACAUUGGUAGACGGUUGUGGUUCUGUAACUGCAAAAUUAUGAUGAGUCAAUUGCUCAGUGAUACUUUUGGAUGAAGUCAGUAUAUUUUCCUUUCCUUCUUAUUCCCCCUCUUUUUGUCUUUUUAUCUCUUAUUUGUUCUAUUUUUCCAAUUACUAGGUGACUAAGAUGUCUUUGUUUCUAAAACAAGAUCUUGUACAUGUUGCUAGAAAAUGAGGUUUUGCAUGUGAAUUUGGUCUUUGGUCCUUAGCAGGUGUGAAACUGGCAUGAUAUGCAACAUUGAGGCUUAGAUCGUCCCAACCACUUACUAAAUCAUUGUCCAAUAACCAAUUUUCUUUUAUGGUUAAAGAUACUUCCUUUCUCAUGUAAAUUUACAUUGUUCAUAGUUCAUACUUCAUAUUGCUCUCAAUGUCCAUGAUUGCAAGUUCUUUAUCCAGUUGUACAUUAUUUUAUGACAAUGAAAGCUUAUCAAGUUAUAACCCAUAUAAAGCAGUCUAGACUACAGCUCCAUGACUAGAAUUGGCUUGUGUUUGUUAUGAUACAUGUAAAUUUUUGCUGCUUCAAUGGGUAUGACUCUUUCUAUCAAUUCUUGUUGUUCUCAUGUGAUAAACUUAACGGAUAAUUAUAUAAAAUGAUAAAUAUUGUAAAUUAUCUGCAUCCUUAUCCAUUUUUUCUCCCUUUCUUCCACAUAAAAAUAUUAUACAGUUCAAUAUUAUCAUAAAGUCAGCUACAAACAAUAUUAUACAGUUCAAAUAUUUAUUCCCAUCAAUAAUAAAUUUUUGUAAAUCAUGUCAAUAUUAGGAGCUUUUAACAUGCAACUAUAUUUUGAUAAUGGAUCUUAUAUGAAUUUUAGUUUCCUAUUAUUCCAUAUAUGAUCUCGUGGAUCUCACCCGUCAGGCAUUAGCAAAGUAUGCAAACAAAGUAUUCUUGAAGAUUAUAGAAGGAUACCAACUCAGUAAUUUAAAACAAGUGACCAUAUAUAGCCAGCACUUUCUUGACCUUAUGAAAGAGCUGGACAUGCUUUUGUCAUGUCAUGAUGGAUUUCUGCUUGGACCCUGGUUGGAAAGUGCCAAACGCCUUGCAAGAGACCCAGAACAGGAGCAACAGUUUGAAUGGAAUGCAAGGACUCAAGUAACCAUGUGGUUUGAUAACACUGAGACUGAAGCUAGUUUGCUUCGUGAUUAUGGAAACAAGUACUAGAGUGGUCUUCUACUAGACUACUAUGGGCCAAGAGCAUCUAUAUAUUUCAAGUACAUGAUAGACAGCUUGGUGAAGGGGGAGAGUUUCCCAUUAGAAGACUGGAGGAGGGACUGGAUAGGCCUUACCAACAAGUGGCAAAGCAGUAGAAAUUUGUUUCCAGUGAAAGCUUCUGAUGAUGCUCUAAAUAUAUCUCGAUGGCUAUAUGACAAGUAUUUAUGUACUGAUAACUUGCAAUCACUUUAUAUGGGUUCAAACUAUGAUGAAGCUGCUAAUUUUGUGAUCUUUUAUGUUUGACACACAAUCUCCUGAUGAUAAUUUCGUUCCCAAAGUUCAAAAGAAUCUUAUUGCCUUGCUUUUUUUAUCAAAGCAAUUAUGUUAUGAGU